AUGGAGCUUGCUGAGACUUGUGGAAAAGGAACUCUUUCUGCUGGAGAACCUUCCACCAAACGUAGUAUUACAUCAAUUUAUGAAGAUGAAGAAGUAGUGGGCUUUGAGAAAGAUGCAGAAAUUAUAAUGAAGAAAUUGAUACGAGGAACAAAGGAACGGGAUGUUAUCUCCAUCUAUGGAAUGCCUGGACUUGGUAAAACAACUUUGGCAAGGAAAGCGUACAACAAUCCCUCUAUUGUUAAUUACUUUGAUGUUAAAGCAUGGUGUGCUGUGUCGCAAACAUAUAAUAGGAGGACAUUAUUGGUUGAGAUUUUCAAACAAGCUACAAAUGAUGAUGAGAUCAAAAUCAAAGAGGACGACGAUGUAGCUGACAUGUUGCGCAGGGUUCUAAUAGGCAAGAGAUACCUCAUCGUAUUAGAUGACAUUUGGGAUGUCGAGGCAUGGGAAGAUUUGAGAAUAUGUUUCCCUCAAGGUGAAUAUGGAAGCAGACUUUCUAACGUCCGAAAAGAGUUGGAAAUUAUUGGAGAAGAAGGUAUUUCAAGGAGAGAGUUGUCCCCCGGAUCUACUGGAAGCAGGGUUACAAGUUGCCCAACAUUGCAAGGGAUUGCCUCUUGUGGUUGUCCUGGUUGCUGGGUUUAUUGA